AGGAUAAGAUCUGUCCUGUCGAUCACCACAUGUCGCCAUCCACCGGCCGGCGCUCUCGGUCUCGGCUUCCGCCUUCCGCACGCGUCGCCUAUCCACCGUGAGGGAUCGCCGGGCGAGGCGAGCCUUCGUCUACCGCAGCUCCUCCAUCGACGGCAACAGAAUGGCCGCUCCAAAUGGUCCUGCUGCUUCUCCGACGGUCAUGUACCCCAUCUGCGUUACUGGAGCGUUCCCGCAGCAAGCUGGGGAUGAUCAGGCUCAGGGCCCUGGGAUAUAUGCCAUACAGCAGAAUCAAUUAGCGGCGGCGAUGGGAAUGGGAUGCUAUGCUCCAACUACACUGGUGCCACUCACUUACAAGAUCCCAACGGAAAGUGUCGGUGUGCCGGCUGGUGAAGAGCAUGGACAGGAUGCUAGGCAGCAAAAUGGUCCUCAAAGACAAGUUGUCGUGAGGAGGUUUCACUUCGCUUUUCAGCUUGACCUGGCCCUGAUCAUCAAGUUAGCAGCAGUGGUCUUUCUGUUUAGCCAGGAAGGAUCAAAACAAAGGCUGUUCCUUCUCAUAUUGUUUGCCUCGUUGAUUUACUUAUAUCAAACUGGAGCAAUUACACCUUUCCUAAGAUGGCUGCAGCGUGCUGGAGGUGCAGCUGCUCGUCCACCACAGGCUCCUGCUCAGGGGGAGAAUCGUGCUCUUCUGGCUGCCCAGAAUGAUGGCGAUGAUCAACCCCAUGACCUUGCAAACCUUGACCAAGCUGCUGAGAACCAGGAACCGGGAGCUGGAGCUGGUAACGAGAACCAGCAAGGGGCGGAGGGAGAAGGAAACAGGCGCAAUUGGCUUGGAGGCAUCUUGAAAGAGAUCCAGCUGGUUGUUGUAGGAUUUGUUGCGUCGCUUCUUCCUGGUUUUCAGCACAAUGACUAGGCCUCGUCUCUUCACUGCGGAAUAAGUUAUUGGCAGUGUAACUAACUAUUGGUAUAUAUGGAGAAAAGAAACAAUCAUAUAAAGGGGCUCAGAGACAACAACUGAAUGCGUUGUAGCUGUUGAUAUUGUUUUAUUUUACGUGCUCUUGUUCUCGUUGAAUGUUUCA